UAGUGACGUUUGACUCUUGAACUUGAUGGCUUUUGUGAGGUUGGAUCACAGUUUAAAAACACGUCAACUAUUCAGUCUGUUAUCUGGAAAACCUUAGAACAAGACUUGGAAAGACGUGGAAAAGCUAGAAGGGGGCAGAAUGAAGAAUCCGGCAUCCGAAGUACUGAGCGUCUUAAUUCUGCAGUUUUUCCUGGUCUUUGGAGAGGCAAGACAGCAGUUUGUUACAUGUGGCUCAGUGAUCAAGCUGCUGAACACCGACUACAAAGUGCGGUUGCACUCGCACGAUGUGAAAUACGGGACUGGCAGCGGGCAGCAAUCGGUAACAGCGACUGAGCUGCAAGAGGACAUCAACAGCCACUGGCUGCUGAAAGAGGCUGUAGGAAAAGUGUGCCUGCGAGGGGACCCCAUAGCCUGCGACUCUACCAUUAGACUGGAGCAUGUGAAAACCAAGAUGAACCUGCACUCACACCUGUUUAGCAGCCCCCUGAGUGGAAACCAGGAGAUUAGCGCCUAUGGAGACGCCAAGGGUGAAGGUGAUUCUGGAGAUAACUGGACGGUGAUUUGCACAGGGGACGCAUGGAGAAGGGACGACAGCGUUAUGUUAAAACACGUAGACACUCAAGUGUACCUUGGAGUAUCGGGCCGAACCUUCGGCAGGCCGAUUAAUGGCCAAAUGGAAGUGGUCGGGCUCAAAUCCUCCACAGGCGCUGUCCAUUGGCAGAGCAUGGAAGGCGUGUAUUUGCACGCCCCGGAUAUACAGCACGAUUCCCAUAUACACACUGAACUUUAAGAGUGAGUUCUAAAUGUUUACUGGCGAUUUUUCCUUCAGUUUUACCAAAAUCUGUGUAAGUGUACAAGUGCGUGAAUGAAUUGUGAGAAUAUUUUCUUGUUGCUGUUGCAAGUGCGUGGCUGAAGUAGAUUAUUUCUAGGAUUCGAAAUCCUGUUUGUCAAGAGGUUGGAUACUCCAACUACGCACUGCUAGCUAAACGUUUCAAGAAAGUUUAGCUCAAUUUAAUAUUUA